AUGGGGCGCUUCCUGGACGGAGGGCUGCUGGCCAACAACCCGACUCUAGAUGCCAUGUCAGAAAUCCAUCAGUACGACAAGGCCUUCAAAGCAGAGGUGGUGGUGAGCUCCGUGGAUGUUUUCCAACCCUCCAACCCUCUGGAACUGGCCAAGAGCUUUGUAAAAGCAAAGGAGCUGGGAAAAAUGCUGAUGGACUGUUGUACAGACUCUGACGGCUGUGCAGUGGACAGGGCCAGAGCCUGGUGUGAAAUGAUCGACACCAUCUACCACAGACUCAGUCCCCAGCUGUCUCAGGAGGUCCUGCUGGAUGAGGUGAGCGACGCGGUCCUGGUGGACAUGCUGUGGGAAACGCAGAUGUACCUGUAUGAGAAGAGGGAGAUCCUCCAAUCUCUGGCAAAACUACUACUGGAGAACUGACAGCAAGAGAAAACAACGAGUAGAGGGAGAGUGUUUGAGCUCGGCUCUAAGAGCAGUACUGCCAUUUGUCUUGAUUCAGGACUCUAAUGUUUGUGUUGCUGUGUUUUAUCUUUACAAAAAGUAAAUAAAAUAAGACUAAUAUGUGAGUUCACAGCAACACACAUGCAAAACAUGGCAGGAACUAAAAACUGAUACAGGAAACAACAGAGUCUCUGUAGCCUACUGAAAGGCCACGUAUGUAGCUUCUCUGAACCCGUCAUUACUGUGGUUUACUAGGUUUACUCCUUGUAUGUGAGUUGAAGGAGAGGCUGCUUUUCAUUUCUUCAG